AAAGAGUCUAGAUUUCAAACAUGAAUUGAAUAAUGUAAAAUGGAAACUGGAAUUGGGAUAGGGUGAGAAAUGAAAAGUGAAGACCAGUUCUCUACAUACAUGCUCUUCAUAGCAUAGUACUACACCAUCCUAAGGAAUUCACAACGAUACAAUCAACAUUUCUUUCCUUCUCUUAGAAUUAGAAGAUGUCAACUCCAGGGAUUGUUCCACAUUAUUUGUAACAAUCUGAGUAGAUUAUCAAAAACAUCUGCUCUUUUUUGUCCAAAAUACAAACCGCAAACCUACAACGCUGUUAGUAGGAAAGAUCUUUGUUUAUUGUUAUAGAUAUGAAUCAAAUAUUUUUGAUACUGAAAGCCCUACUACUAAAGCUGAAUUAAGUAGUUUUUACAUUCUGUUUCAAUUAUAUAUAAUAAAUUAUAGCUAUGUGCAUGAAUGGUUUCAUAAAAUAGCAAACACAAACCUACUUUAAUUCAUGAAGUGAGUGAAAAUCACAGCAAAUUUAACAGGAUUUUGAGACUAUGAAUAAUACACAGGACAACUCCCUGUCUCCUUCAUGCAUAUACUGAAUGAAGAAAUCUAUUCGUAGUCUUUAGACAUACAUUUUUUAUCAAAUUAGUUUACUUUUAUUUUUUAACUUCACGUGGUCUAUAAUAGUGAACUGGAAUUGUAGGAUUAUUUUCUAACUCGUGAAAAAAAUAUUUUCACAUCUGGAAUAUGUGUGAAGCCAUUUUUUCCAUCAUGCCUCCCCCGGGCCAAAUAUGACUGAGUUGGACUCAAAAUAACCUUGAGAAGGCCUUUUAGAAUCUUAAUUAACUUUGACAAGCCCUGUUUUGAUUCUGGAGACUCUCUACAUAUAAUUUAUGUUCCCUAGAGCUGCUUCUACCUAGUCUAGCCAUGUUUACUUUAACUGUAGUCUGUUUUCAUGACCAAGGUUUGUUGAGAUAUUAAUAUGGCUUCACUGUCUUCCUUAAACAGAGUCACACUGGGGACAACUCUAAAGAAGUUUAUUAAUUUUUGAAGUCCAAAACUGGAACAGUUUUGACAGACACUUGAUCGGGUUUGGGAGAAUCAUACUUUGGCCAUUAUUCUUGCAUACACUUUGCAAGCAACAGCAAACUGACAAUUUCCAGUUUAUGGAAGCCAGUAUCUUCUGCAAAAAUACAUAAUACAUGCCUAAAGAUUUGGAUUUUAACUGCCAGCUGAUAAUGAGGCAAGACUAAAAAUAUACCUUUCCUAAAACCCCAACAGUUUCAGACACGGCUGGUAUAUGGGCCAUCAGAAAUCAUGUGGGGUUACCCAUUAUUUCUGGACUGCAAAGAGCUGAGAAGCUGACCCCCUUUUCUCAGAUAAACAACAACCUCUCAAAGUUGCAAUAUAUUUUGAGAUUCUCAUGGAAGUGCAUUCCAGGUGUUGAGCAGUAGCAAUUCUGGGUGUGGGCAGAGUGUAAAAACCUGUUCUGUGUAUUCAAAAGCCCAAUUAAUUUUGGUCAAACUUCUAGAAACCCUUUUUUCUUUGUAUUUUGGGAGAGUGACUGUCCCUUCUAGAUGUUUCAGCCUGAUGGAAAGGCUUCUUGAGCUGUUUCUAGAUUCCUCAUAAAUUGAUUAAGGUGGCUUCGAUUCUUUCAUUAAUGUUAGAUAUGUGGAAAGCUCAUUCGGGAUAUUUUGCAUUGCUGAGUCUCCAGGUAGUUCCAGGUUAUGGAAAGCCCAUUAAGUACUGGAAACUCCUCUCUGAGUAUUUCAUUGUUACAAAAGAGCUGUUUUAGUAGCAAUGAUUUCUCUGCCCCAAAACAGCAGAAAUCAGAAAUACAAUGGCAGUUUUCUGAUUUUUUUUCUGUUCCUUAAUUCCAGGGCAAGGUCUGAUCAACUGCUAUUUUAUUUGUGAACCUGAAAAACAGGCUAUUUUGUGAAAUGUCCAAUGUAAUAUAAACUAUUCAGAUCUGUUCCAGCUUCAUUCAAAAACAUUCUUAUGAAAAUAUGUUAUGUACAAUGAUCACAUGUAUUACUGGUGAGAUGUGUGCACUGGAAAAUCCUGACAGGACAGCGAUUUAGGGAGAUUAUCCCAGUCUCUCCAUAUUCAGUCAACUUGUCUUUUGAAUUUUCAUCACAAAUUGUGAAUUAAUUAGGAGAUUAUUUGCAAUUAAAGUUUAGUUUUACUAAUGGCAACCACCUGAGGCUCUCCGUGCUCUUGUCGGACUUCUGAGAAUUCCUCCCAUUAUUGCUCAAUUUAUUUGUCUAACCUCUUCUGUCAUAGCCAUCAUCCUGUAGUUCAAAAUUGAUGGGGCUCCAAGACCGUGUCAGUCAAUGCCACAACUUAAGGAAUGUGGCGAGCCAAUGGCAUGACCCAUUUUGUCCUGCAAAAGAGGAAGUGCAAAAUACCAAUUAAUAUUUUUCUUUCAAAUUGUUCUCCAGUUGUCCUACAGCACUGACUUUUAAUUGCAUAGGUUGGCUUUCUUGGCUUGGCAACGGAGGGGUGAUCUUCAUCAUGUACAAUCAACGACAUUCCCUGGACCCUCAGGACUAUCUCACCUUCAAUCUUGCUGUCUCAGAUGCAGGCAUUUCCCUCUUCGGCUAUUCAAGGGGCAUUCUAGAGCUGUUUAAUGUUCUUAGAGAUGAUGGUUUUCUAAUCACUUCAGUAUGGACAUGCAAGGUGGAUGGAUUUAUAAUAUUCUUUUUUGGUCUAAUCAGUAUUAAUACUCUGACAGCCAUCAGUGUCAUCAGAUACAUUAAAGGAUGCCAGUUUCACCAAGCUCACAAAAUUGAUAGAAAAAAUAUUACAUUAACCAUGAUUGUGAUAUGGGCAACUGCUCUUUUCUGGGCCAGUGCACCACUUCUAGGGUGGGGUAGCUAUACAGACCACAAAUAUGGAACAUGCGAAAUAGACUGGAUCAAGGCAACAUUUUCUGUUGUAUAUAAGUCCUAUGUGAUUGGAGUCUUUAUAUUUGGCUUCUUUAUUCCUGUCUCCAUCAUGGUUUUCUGUUACAUGUCCAUAAUAAAGACUGUUAAAUCAAGUCACAAGACCACAAGAGGUAAAAAAAUUAGCCAAAGGCAGCGGCUCAUGAAACGAAAUAUUACACAGGUGUCGUUUGUAAUUUGUUUUGCCUUUUUCCUGGCAUGGUCUCCUUAUGCAGUAAUCUCUAUGUGGUCAGCAUGUGGGUUUCAAGUGCCAGCGCUCACCAAUGUCCUAGCCAGCCUUUUUGCCAAAUCUGCCAGUUUUUACAACCCACUCAUCUACAUGGGAAUGAGCUCUAAAUUCCGUAAGGAUGUCAGAAACCUUUUCCAGUGUCUCAACCGAGACAAGGAUUCAGUCCUACAAAUGCCAGUACAGAUGUUCAAUCAAAGAAAUGAGGCAGCUGUCCUCCUGAAACCAUGGAGAGAGUUUGUGUCCAGAGUUCCUGAGGGUGAAACGCCAGGUUUAGACAUGGAUUCAGUGCCCAGAGACAAUCCUUUGGCACAGGAGAACCCUGCAUUUUGUUCUCAUGUUUCUAAUCAACUUACCACUUUUGGAGUAAAAACAAUUCAAAGGAAACAAAGUGGAUCUGGCUGAUUUUGAUCUGGAGAAGGUGAAAUAGGGACUAUUUUUUUUUUAUCUGAAGAUUAGAUUGCCACAGCAAACAACCUUUGUCUCUUGUCCUCAUCAGUCUGCUAAUAUUUUACAGAUGUUUACAAAUGUUCUCAUGUACAAUUUCCCAAUGACUAUAAAAAGCAUAGCAAAACUGAGAAUUGGUUCAUGGAGAUUAGUUUUUGCCUAUUUUCUCUUUUUAAAUUAGCACAUUACUAAAAUGAAGGUAUUUGUUUAUUUCUGACAAAUUGUGCAUAUCAAUGUAUGCAUCCUGUAUAUGGACCCCCAACUCUAUUUCUAUUUUACUCUAUUUUCCUAUAUGGCUUGAUUACAUACUGGUCCAAAAUCCAGGCUCUUAUUGUAUACAGUCUAAGGCUUUGUUUACACUUACCAGGGGUUCAACGCGCAGCGAUCAAUGCAUCAAUGGUCGAUUUAGCAGGUCUAGUGAAGACCCGCUAAAUUUACCGCAGAUCACUCUCCCGUCGACUCCUGUGCUCCACCUGAACGAGAGACAAAAGGGGAGUCUACGGGAGAGCGUUUCCAGUCGACAUUGCGUAGUGAGGACCCCGUGGUAAGUAGAUCUAAGUACGUCGACUGCAGCUACAUUAUUCACAUAGCUGAAGUUGCAUAACUUAUAUUGAUCUCCCCCUAUAGUGUAGCCAAGGCCUAAGACUAGUGCUAAAGAAGCCCAGCUAUGCUAGUGACCAGUGACAGUUCCAGUAUCGCCCAAACUGCCACGGCUCUACGCACGCUGGGUACCUCUCCACAAGAGGGAGAUUUUCAGUGGAAUAAAGCAUAUUUCACUAGCCUCACAGGUCAGGGACAUUCCAUCUUAGGUAUUUUGUUACCUGGCGCACAACAAGAAUUUUCCUAAGGAGGAGGCCCAGAGCUUUCCCUCCACAGCCCUGCAUGCAACCCCAUAUACGCCUCCCUCCAUCACCUCUGCACACAGACCUGUGCUCUCUGCCCUUCACCCAGCCCUGUGGUCUCCCCAUCCUGCGCCCAGCCCUGAGCUCUUACC